CAAGCCAGUAGACAGUAGUAGUCUUAACAUUCCAGUGGUCUGCAGGAACUGUCUCAAGCGUGAGAGAGAGAGAGAAGGGAAGGGAAAGAGAGGGAGAGGGAGAGGCGCUGGCGCCAUGAAAUCAAAUUCGUUAGGGGUUACUUCCCAUCAAAUUCGACCGUUAAUCCCCUACCCUGUUCAAAUUUCCCACCAUUCCUUCAUACCCACUCGGUUUUUACCUCUCUACUUCCCUCUCAAAACCCCUCAAAAUUCAUCAACUUCCCCCUUCCGCCCCUUAAUCCCCAAAGCCCAAACCACCACUGCCCACCGCCGCCGUCGCCGCCGUCCCCCACCACCCAAGUCUCAAGAAGAGGGCAUUCCCGUCGACCUCGUCAAAACCCUCGUCCAAUUCAAGUCCAAGCACAACUACAUCCGCGUUCUUCAAGUUUCUCGGACGGCCGACCAUCCCUUCGCCGGCGCAAGACUGCUCCUUCUCGACGCACCCGGUAACAUCCACAGCAUCUCUUUCUUCCUCAAGUCCCUCACGAACACAUACUUUGACGUCUUCGCCACAUUGCCACCCCUUUUGCCUCCGGGACCCUUGGGGAUUCUCGGGUUCGGAGCCGGAUCCGCCGCCCGUUUGAUCUUGGAACUGUACCCUGAAGCGGUGGUGCAUGGGUGGGAACUUGACCCGUCUGUGAUUUCAGUGGCGAGAGUGUAUUUUGGCCUUUCUAACUUUGAAAAACGAUACCCAGAUAGACUUGUUAUUUAUAUUGGUAAUGCAUUGGAAGCUGUUGUUAGGGACGGGUUUUCGGGUAUUUUGGUUGAUUUGUUUAGUAACGGUUGUUUGAUUCCGGAGCUCCAGGAUCCAAUUACGUGGGUGAACCUGAAGAAGAGCUUGAGGAAAGAUGGGAGAAUUAUGGUUAAUGUUGGAGGGAGUUGUGUGGAAGCUGAGGAUUUGAGGAGAGAUGGGAAGGUACUUAUGGAAGAGACUUUAAAGGCAAUGCACCAGGUAUUCCCUGGCCAACUUUUUGUUUUGAAUCUUGGAAAUCGGAAGGAUGAUAGUACUAUUGCGCUCACAGGCGAACAGCCAGAUUUUGACGAAUGGGCCAAUAUCUACAAUGCUGUGAAAGGGCGGGAGCUUGUGACACGAAUUAAUUAGACUAUCCUACAAUGCUUCUUUUCAGCUCCUGCAACCCACGCCACAAAAUAAAAAAGAAAAGCACUGGCACUUUAGGGCAGCUGAGCUAAGCAUUGUUCACAUUUUUGUUGUGCGCAGUUCCAAGUAAUAGUUGAUAAAUACAUUUUGGGCUAUGGAACCAUCACAAGGUGAAUUUUGUUGCACACGGUCCAUGUUAUAGUUGAUAAAUACAAUUUGUUCUAAGGAAUAAUUGCAAAGUGAAGUGAGGUGAAGCUGCCAUCUUUUUGCAGUGCAUGAAAAGGUGGUAAUUUAUGCUAGAAAUGAAAGCAUUGUUGUGUUCAA